AUGGAACGGAGCGACGGCGACUCGGAGACGACAAAGGUCGACGACGGGAGGACGAAGCAGCAGCAUUACGGGCCGCGGCGUGUCUCCCUCGGGCCGCCGUCGGCACGGUCGAUGGACGGGAAGGGUCGGUGGGAAUGUCGUCGACGGUGGCGGCCGCCAUGGUCCUGCGCAACGAUGGCUUUCGAUUCUCCGCCUGCCGCAGGCCCGCGACAUGAGACGUCUACCCUCCACGCUUUCCCUGGCCUCUGGGACUCGCGUCUCCGGGCUGUCGUCUCUUGGCUGUCGUCUCCGGGCUCGCGUCUCCGGGCUCGCGUCUCCGGGCUCGCGUCUCCGGGCUCGUGUGGUCGGGCCGCUCGCCGCAUGCUCGACUCGCAGACGCGCGGCGACGAGCCCCCAAGGGCCUCGAUGGUGUGGCGAGAGCGCUCACGCCGGCCAGUUCAUGUGCGCGGACGCAGGGUUCGCGGUCAAUCGAUGGGCAUGCAUGGCCCCUUUCGUGCCGGGAUUGCCGCGUCGAGCUCGUCGCGGGUCCACGACUGCUCGUCGCACCUGGCCAGCCAUGGUCGAAAGACGGUCGGUCGCAAGGUGUCGUCCACCGCUCCGUAUAGCUGCCCCGGCCAGCGGAUGGCUCGACCGCCGCACACCACACUGCUGGCCAAAGGGCGGGCGAGGGGAGAAGAAAACAAAAAGAGAUGA